GCGGCGGGCGGCGCGGUUUGUGGAUCUGGGCGUGCAGCGGUUGGCGGUGCGGCCUGCGGGGGCGGGGCCGUGUGUUGUUGCUGCGGCGGGGUAUGAUGGCGGGGUGCGGCAGUUUGCGUUUGGGAGUGUGGGGCAGUUUGGUGGUGGUGAGGAUGAUGAUGUGGAUGUGGAUGCGUUGCGAUGUGUGGAUAUGUCGCCGGCGUUGGAGGAGGAGGAGAUCGCGGACCCGGAGGUGUUUCGGGUUGGGACGACCGUGAUGUAUGGGCACGGCGGGUCAGCCGAUCUGUUGUUUGCCGGGUUCGAACGGCCGCGGAACCAGGUGGGGUGUGGGCUGAUCCGCCUGUACGAUGGGGAGAAGCAGGUCGGGCGUCUCGAAGUGGGUGAGAACGCGGUUGCGUGCAUGGGCGUGUCGGCGAGUGGGGCGUACCUCGUUGCGGGCGUGACGGGAAACGCGCCGAUGGUGCAUGAGAAGGAAAGCGAUUUCUCGGGGGAGGGGGAUGGGAAGUUGAGGGUGUUUGAUGUGCGCGGCGGUGGUAGGAGGACGGGCCGAAUACCGGUGGAGGUGUUCGACACGGCGCAGCGGGACCACAACGUGGUCGGAUUCAGCCCGUGUGAGCAUUACGUGUAUGCGUGCUGUGACCCGGACGCGACGAAACGGCAGCCGCAUACGGCCGUGUUUGAUCGCCGGUUUGCGAGAAGCCCUUUGCUUUCAGUGCGCGAUACCUCCACCACCACCACCACCACGACGCCAUCGAGGUUCCUCUCCACCAGCGUCCCCCAACCACCGCAACCGGCACCGAUCCGCCUCGAGCACGCGGCAUGUAAUCGCGGCGAUGCGAACGACGGGGUGACGUGUGCGGUAUGGAUGCGGUCGGGGCUGUUUUACACGGGUGGGCAGGAUGAGGUUGUGAGGGUGUGGGAUGUGCGGCGGGCGCGGGAGGAUAUGCUUGUGUCGGUGAUGGGUGGGAUGGAGGGGCCUAUUAGUUGCAUGUGUGUUUCGCCGGAUGAAGACUACAUUGCAGUCGGCACAACGACGGGCAAAGUGCACCUCUGGACCGCCCUUGACCCCAUCGCAUGCAUCAACGAAUGGGACCGCAAUGCGGGUGCCAAAACAGGCGGCGGCGGCGGGAGAGAUUGGGGUGGGGUUACGGUUUUACGAUGAAUUGGAAGGGAAACGGGGCAGGGAAGGAGCGAGACGGCUGGUGUGCGAUGCGAACAAACAAUAUGCACGCACUUGUACGUACUGUACGUAUGCAACGUUGCAGAAGGCAGUAAGUAGUAGUGGGGGAUGCACAUAGGAGGCGAGGGGGCGGGAAUGAUGCACCAGGGAUGCGUGCGUCGCAAAGGGGGGCAGUCCGUUUUCCAUGCAUGUAUGGAGGAAUACACCCCCUUGUACAUACUUACUGUACAUUAUCCGUAUGUGAACUUUCUGCGCGAGC